GCAGCACAAUAGACAAUCUUCGAAGAUGGGUUCUCAUAAUAAGCCACGUAUUAUCCCCUGGCUCAUAGAACAGAUCAACAGUCAGAAGUAUCCUGGUCUCAUAUGGAUCGAUGAAGAACAUACAAAAGUCAAAAUACCAUGGAAGCACGGCCUGAGGCAGGACCGAUCGGGGGAUGAUGUAAAGAUAUUUGAGGCUUGGGCUGUUGUCAGCGGUACUUAUGACCCCAACACGGACCAACCCAACCCAGCUGUGUGGAAAAGAAAUGUCCGCUCUGCUCUGAAUCGUAAAAAAGAAAUCCGUAUGAUCAGUGACAAAAGCUCGGAGUCUUCUGACCCACAUAAAAUUUAUGAGAUCAUCAGAGAAAAUCUUUCUGCUGGUAGUGUUGCUUCUGAAGACAUGAACAUGAGUGAUAUUAGUCCAACUAUGAAUAUAACCAACUGGAACAGCCCAGGAAGCCAGAUCGCUGUGGACGGACAUCUGGCGCAGGGCAUGACGCAGAUGCAGAUCUCUCUUAAUGACGACGAGCUUUACCUUGCCGCUGAAGACUUGCAAACGCCUCUGGAAUCACCAGGCCAAGGCUGGUACAAUAACUUGUCAUCUCCUGAUCUGUAUUCAGCGGAAUGUGGUACCAGUCCUGUGCCUGAAAACCAUUCACCAUAUUUAGGAUACAAUGAGCAACCUGUUACAGAACAAGUUCAGUGCGGUCCGGCUGAGACUCAGGAAUCCACGCAGCAAAACCUAAUGAAUUAUUGCUUUCCAAAUAAUACCUUUGCAACAGAAUUUGAUGUAAAGAUUUAUUACCGUGGAACUCAGGUGAAGCAGGUGUUGGUAAAGAACCCGCAUGGCUUCCACAUUACUUCAAGACAACAACCAAAUACUGAAAGUGAUGUAGAGGAUGUGACGCUGCCGCCCCCAACUGCAAUACAUGACAAGAAAGUAGCUGCUGAAAUAAAUAAACUCCUAGAGAACCUGGAAAUGGGCACAGUGGUGGAAGUGCGAGAUGGGGCCAUUUGUGCUAAGAGGCUGGGCAAGUGCCGGAGCUUCUGGACAAUGACAGACAUGCCAACCACAUCUCAACCCAAUCCUAUAGACAAAAUGGACUAUUGUGUUCUUUAUAACUGUCAACAAUUUGUCAAAGAACUGGUUGAGUUCAUAGAACAGAAGAGGAAGGAAUCUCCCCAGUAUUCCAUUUGGAUUUGUUUGGGUGAAUUCUGGCCAGACAACAGAUCAUGGAAAAAGAAGUUCAUUAUGGUGCAAGUUACGCCAAUCUCAAUGCAACUGCUUCACGAGUUAAGCUACAACACUGGAGCCUCAUCACUACGCAGCAGCGAAAUCAACCUGCAAAUCUCCGACUCGCUGUCUCUUCAAAGUACAAGCGAUCUGCUGACUUUCCUUAAAGAGUUUGAGGAACGGAUGGACUGUGCUUAGAAACCCACAAAUCGGAGCUUCCACUGAACAUGCAGAUGAUGAAUGUGGAACAUGAUGCUUGACGUACAACAGAUCAACAGAACAUUUAGGAUUCUCAAGUGCCAAAACCAUGACUAACCAAUGGGAUAGGCUCAGAUUUCACCAGCUGAUCUACUGGAAAACAGUCUUCGCUUCACAAUGGACCAUAUUUAUCCAAACUGUUUACAGGAAAACUAGCUCUGUUGCUCUUAGCAACCAAUGCUGAAUUUGGCUAGUAUUGGCAUAAAGACUAGUCUUUCUAUUUGACAGCUUUAAUAAAUGAGAACCAGUAGGGUUGGGAUGAUUCUAGGCUAGCUAGGCAGCUGUCAUGGGCUCAUUCGGAGAAAG